UGCUGCAAAGAUCCUGGUCACGUUAAGGGCAAAUUUGUUGUCCUCUACUGUCCUUUAAUUCAGGAAAGAUUGGAGAUGAGAGAAUGGGAUCCAGACUGCCUCAACACUACAAACCUACCUUCGGGGUGCCAAAGGGAUGAGUUGGAGGCUAACAUUUGCGAUUUCCUACCUAACUGCUCCAUCACCACAUGCACAAAGCUGAAUCCCAUGAAGAGUCUGAUUUCAUUGGAGGAGCUCAACUGUUCCGUAACUCUUAGCUGGCAAGAUGUAAUCAAUUGCUGUCAUGAAGCCUCUGGAGACAACUUUACAGUGAUCCCUAAAAGCAGCUGGACAAAUGCAUGCUCUGCCAUCAAGAAGCUGUCCCCUGGGCAGGAAUAUAACAUGACAGUGUAUAGAGUUCUGAAUGGAAGUUGUAGCCAAGAGGUGUCCAUCAACGUGACUACUAUACCUUCCCCAGUCCAGAACCUCACAACAGAGAAUCGCACAGUGGGCUCCCUGCAGAUUGGAUGGAAGCCACCCAAAGACCCACAAAGCUACACCUACACCUACCAGGUCUGCUUGAUCAACUGCACCAUUGCCAAUAAAAGCCAAUUUCUUGCAAAAGGACUGGAAGGAGGAACAGAGUACAGAAUUGAAGUCAGGGCCAUCACCAAAAGCGACGUUUGUGGAGACGCAGUGACCACAAAUGCCAUCACAGGUACAAUGCCGGGGAGAGGUGAAGAAGCUCCCAGCAGACCUGUGAACGUAAGUGUGGAAAGUUACAGCCCUCACAGUCUUUCCAUUGCCUGGAGACCUCCCAAAGACCCUAAUGCAACCAACUAUUUAUAUAGAAUAAGUUGGGCAGAAAACAGGACUCAAGUGGGCAGUGACUCCAUUCGGACCUCCACUUACACCAUCCUCCAGCUGAAGCCAGGGGUUCUGUACAAGGUGGAGGUGAUCUCGGAUAUCAGUGGGAUUUUGAGCAAAGCUGCGGUGCAGUGGAUUCUAACACCCCCACUGCCCCCGACCAAUUUCAGCAUCCAAAUGAUCAAUCAAACGACGGCUCAUUUUGCCUGGGUGAACCCAAGCUCGCCAUUCAGCACCAUCCAACUGCAGUGGAGUGCUUCAAAUGAAGCCAGAGGAAAUGAAACGUACCCCAACUCUUCGGACCAUGCUGUCCUGCGCAAUCUCACUCCCAGCACCAAUUACACCUUCACUGUCUUCAGCACCAUUAGAAAGGAUUCCUUCUCCAGAGACAGCGAUGACUUUCACCUGCAAGGGGCCACAAAACCAGAACCUGUUGGUGAUCUGAAAUGCCUCCCUUUGCAAGACAGCCGGAGUCUGAAAUUAUCCUGGACAUGUCCAGCGAGCGCUGUCAGUGAAUUUGUGGUCCUCGUGUCUGAUCAGGCCUGGAAAAGUGAGCCAAAUUGCAGCACAUCAGUGGUGAUUCAAGAGCUUCAAGCUGUCAAAGUCUAUCAGAUUAAAAUAAAAACUUUUUGGUACAAUCAAUAUGCCGUCUCAGACACCGUGGAUUGUUCCAUUGAUAUCACAGUGGCUCUCCUUGGAACCCUCUUCAUGGUGCUGCUUCUGUUGGUCAUCCUUUGCGUCCUGCUCAUUUAUUUCAGGAGACCAAGAAGGACAGAUGCCUCGGAGGAGCAGAAACCAGACGUGGGAUUGCCUGGAGUCCUUGGUGCAGUACCUGCGUCAGCGUUCCCACGUUACUGCUAUGAGCGGCUGUCGGAUAGUGCCUUUGGCUUUGCCAUGGAAUAUCAGCAACUACAGGACACGGGGACAGAUCAGCUCCAGAGUAUAGCCCAGCGGCAUGAAAAUCAAGCUAAGAAUCGCUAUAGCAACGUUCUGCCAUAUGACCACGCACGAGUCCAGCUCACUGUCAAGCAAGAAGAUCCCACCUCAGGUUACAUCAAUGCCAGCUACAUGCCUGGUUACAAGAAGGAAAGGGAGUUCAUUGCAGCCCAGGGUCCAUUGCCUACCACACUCUAUGACUUCUGGCACAUGAUAUGGGAGCAGCACAUCACAACCAUAGUCAUGCUCACCAAUUGCAUUGAGAAUGGACGGGUGAAAUGUGAACGCUACUGGCCCUUGGACUACACACCCUGCACCUAUGAUGAUAUUACUGUGUCUGUGACCACAGAAACCAUUCUCCCUGAUUGGACCAUCCGGGACUUCAGUAUCAAGCUGAUGAGCAUGUCUGAAGUCCGUCGUGCAAGGCAUUAUCACUACACAUCAUGGCCAGAUCAUGGAGUGCCUCAAACCACAGACACCAUUCUUCAUUUCCGAGAUCUUGUCAGGGGGCACUUAGAGAAAAUGAAGGAUGAUGGGCCAGUUCUGGUUCACUGCAGCGCUGGUGUGGGCCGGACAGGUACAUUUAUUGCUCUAGACUCACUACUGUGCCAAGCCCAGGACCAGGGAGAGCUUGAGGUCUUUUCCUUUGUUGAGAAGCUGAGAAUGAACCGUCCACUCAUGAUCCAGAAUGAGGCUCAGUAUGUCUUCUUGCACCAAUGUCUUCUGGAAGGAAUCCAUUCUGCCCCAAAGAAUGACAGUGUGAUCAUGGAGCAUCCUGCCGUGUACGAAAACAUCUUGGCUAUGCAAGGCUAUGAAGUCUCCCGGGUGUGAGAGACUUGGCUCUCACCCAGGCAAGAGGAUGUCCACCUUCCAUAAGUUCCAAAACAAUUCCCCCCCCCCCGCAAAAUUGAGGCAUUUUCCCCCCUGAAUUUAACUUCUAAUUUCCAUGUUUUAAAUGGAGUAAAUUUUCCAAAGUAAACAGACUGUACAGGAUUUAUACAUGCCUGAAGUUCUGCAGAAUGGCAAUUUUGUCUAUAUGUCCAAGAGGCAUGCAUUUCCAAGAAAUAGCAUCCUCUCUCCCUACUGCCCCAACUCACACUGAGUCUUUCCACCACUGCUAUUUAACAUCGUCAUUUUCAAAGGAGAAAUCUGGAGAUGAAAUCCAAAGGUAUUAGCUCAUUGUUUGGAACAUCACUCAUGGUUCUUUUAACCAAGGUUUGUUGAAUAAAGCACAGUUGGGUGUGGUCCCCAAAGGUUUAAAGCCAUCAGCGAUGUUUUUGAAACUACAAGGACGAGAAUCACACAAUGCAGAAGUAUAAACCAUAACCCAUGAUUUUGAGAAAACAAUACUUGGGUUUACACAAACUUCUAAGCCAAGCCAACCAAAUC